AUGCCCCUCUCACCAGUUUUCGACCAGCAAACGAAUCCGCACGUCCUGUGCAUAACUGGUGGUCUCACGGGCAUUGGACGCGCAAUAGCCACACUCUUCCUCUCGCACAAUGCAUUCGUUUGCAUCAACUACUUUCCAGGUCAUAAUGCCAAUGACCAAACCUUACAGGACUCUUUGCGUACGGAAGCUCUGGAAGUGAUAAGAUCCAGGAACCCGCAAACCUCAACGUCGAAGGUGGAAGAUGUGCCGUUGCUGUGUGUGCCUGGUGAUAUCUCAUUGCCAGAAACUGGAAUCGAGCUAGUCCGGCAGUGUGUUGAUAGGUUUGGUCGUCUUGAUACUUUCGUCUCUAAUGCUGGCAUAUGCAAAUUCGAGGAGUUUCUCGAUAUAUCCCCCGAGAGUUUUUCUAAGCACAGAGACACGAAUUACUCGGGGGCAUUCUAUGCUGUACAGGCAGCAGCGCGACAUAUGUCGGGUCAGACACCGAAUGAGGAUGGAAGUCGUGGGUCGAUUAUUGGCGUCUCGAGUAUCAGUGCUCUGGUCGGUGGUGCGCAGCAAGCACAUUAUACACCGACUAAGGCUGCUGUGCUGAGUCUGAUGCAAAGUUGUGCUACCGCAUUGGGAAAGUACGGGAUUAGGUGCAAUGCACUCCUUCCUGGAACAAUUCGCACACAGCUGAACGACGAGGAUCUGAAGGAUGGUAGUGAGAAGAAGGCGUAUAUGGAAAACCGAAUACCACUACGCCGACUUGGUGCUCCUAGUGAUAUGGCUGGCCCUGCCUUAUUCCUGGCAGUGGGUGAGCUAAGUGGCUAUGUGUCUGGCGCGACAAUUCUGGUCGAUGGUGGCGCAUUUGUGAAUUUCCAGUAA